UACCAAAGGAGGAGGAAGAAAAAGCUCUCCAACCUUUCUCCAUUGCUGCAACUCGAGCUCAAGCAAGAAGGAUCCAAGAAGUGGGAUUAAAGAAGGAAAAAGGCUAGGAAAAGUGUGUAAAAUUAAGGCACUUGUAAAGGGUAUUUCAAGUGAUUUCACAAAGUUGGAAAAGUCGCCGGAGUUGUCACCGGAGUUGACCAAAAGUCGCCGGAGUUUCACCGGAGUUCAACCAAGAAGGGUAGAACUUCUUAACGCUAGUUCAAGGUUGAAGCUAGGGCUUGCUACUUGCACCUUCUCACGGGUGGUAUCAUAUCGGGAAGACGUGAAAUGGAGGGCGGGCGAAUGAGGACCAGGAACAAUCCGAGGGGGCAGGCGCCGGUAGCAUCCCAAAGGGGAAGCCGGGCUGCAUCUCGGGGUUCGAGAGGAGGCCGUGGAGGUCGUGGAAGCCGUGGAGGUCAUCAAGCUCAAACUGUGAGUGAUGGCCAUGUGAGCUCGGUGUAUGAGACCAACACCGAAGACUACGACUCAACCUACGUGCCAGAGACGGAGCAUGAAGAGACCCCGUAUGAUGGGGGUGACACGUACACCGAUGAUGAUGAUGAAGAGAGUGAUGCCAAGUUCGCCCAAAUGGGCGAAUUGCUUGAAUGGUAUCAAAAAGAAAAAUUGAGGAGGGACCUUAGGCGCCAAGCGAGGCGUGGCUCUCGCGGUGGUUCGGGUCAAGGAAGCCGGGGAGCUUCCGUGGCCACCCCAGCGGCGUCACAAGGUGGGCGUGAAGGAGGUUUUGUCGUGAGAAUCUCCAAGUACCUCAAGGAGGCUAGGGCCUUGGGGUGUAGGUCCUUUGACGGCACCGGUGACAUUACCGUUGCCGCAGAUUGGAUUAAGAAGGUGAAGGAUGCAUCAAGAGACAUGCAAAUCACACCGGACGUGAAGUUGACUGUCGCUUCACGGUUACUUGAAGGGAUAGCCUCUACGUGGUGGGAGAGCGUGGAAGGGAAGUACCAUGGGGAAAUAACAUGGGCG